AUGGCGUGGGGUAAAAAACCGCAAGCGCAACCUUCUACAAUCAGUCAGAUUCUCCCCCUCAUCAUCACCAUUAGUUUCAUAGCCUGCGUUGCUUGGGUACUCUGGCAGGUCUAUAUUUCUGUCGCCAAAAUGCAGGAGUCGGCAUCGGAGAAGAUGGGCAAGAAAAAUGUUGUCUUCACCAAAGAUGGCGUUCGCGUAGGCGUCAAGCACACCAGCAACGAAAGAUAUGUCGACCAGACCCAGAGCUGGGUCGUUAAAGCCUGGAACCUCAGCGGGAACACCGUCGGCCAGAUCAAGAAGACUAAAUAG